AUCGGCGAAACGUCUGGUAGUAGUGAACGAUUUAUUUUUGGAAAUAGUUUAUUCUUAUUGCUUAUAAAAGAUAUGAAAAUUGUUAUAAUUACCUAAAAUUGUGCCAUUGAAACUUCUGUGUUUAUUGUAAUGCUGGUGUGUUAUUGCAAUUAGACGUGAUUGCAAGUGCAGUGCUUGCCGAUUCAGAUUGGUUUUGAAGCCUUGUGAUUUUCGUGUUCUUUUAGUGACAACGGACACACAAAACUCAAAAUGCAAGCGAUCAAGUGUGUAGUCGUAGGCGAUGGUGCGGUGGGUAAAACAUGUCUUCUCAUCAGUUACACCACAAAUGCCUUCCCCGGAGAGUACAUACCUACAGUAUUCGACAACUAUUCAGCGAAUGUGAUGGUGGAUGGCAAGCCCAUCAACUUGGGACUGUGGGAUACGGCCGGCCAGGAAGAUUACGACCGCCUUCGACCGCUCUCCUACCCACAGACCGAUGUCUUCCUUAUAUGUUUCUCACUCGUCAACCCAGCAUCAUUCGAAAACGUUAGAGCCAAGUGGUACCCCGAAGUGCGGCAUCAUUGCCCGUCAACGCCCAUCAUCCUGGUCGGCACUAAGCUGGAUCUGCGCGAAGACAAGGACACCAUUGAGAAACUUAAGGAAAAGAAGCUCGCGCCUAUCACCUACCCACAGGGCCUAAGCAUGGCAAAGGAGGUGAACGCGGUGAAAUACCUCGAAUGCUCCGCGCUGACGCAGAAGGGCCUCAAGACGGUGUUCGAUGAGGCGAUCCGCGCCGUGCUGUGCCCCGCGCCCCGCGUCAAGCCCCCAAGGAGGCCCUGCCAGCUCCUCUAAGUCAACACAACCACCUGACAGAUAGUGUAGAGAGAUGAAUGCCAGUGUGACAGCAUGCACAGCUGUACAACAAAAUAACGCACCAAAAGAUCCGUCUCAGUCUUUCACAGAGUGCAAACUGACUAAAUUAACUAAUACAUCGCUACAUGUCUACAAUACGCAUUCAAUGUUGUGUGAAUCGGUGUGAGUGAGCUCCGUAUAUAUUUAUAUAUGUGUAACGCUUUUUUAUAUAUGUACAGACCGACAGAAUUAUCUGGACCUGGGCUUAGAUGACACUAAAUUAAAAUAUAAUCAAAUAAGGAUAUCUGAACCAGUGAGAGAGGCGCUG